GUCUCUAAUUGAUGCGCACCGUGGUGGCUCAAUGGCAGAUAUUCAGAACACCAAUACCAACCCUUCCCAGCCGGUAAAGGAUAAAAUAAGUCUCCUGCAAGCACAUCAUGAUUGCGUGAGUGCCUGCAUUCUCUGUUAUGACGAUUCCGUCAUAGUGACAGCCUCGCACGAUGCUACAAUUGUCUUGUGGGGUGCACAAGAUGGGAGCAGGCAAGAAGAGUUGGCUGGUCACGCAGAUAGAAUCACAGAUUGCAUACUGGAGGAAACCAGCCACAGGUGUGAUAACCAGUUUAGAGCUAGAUUUGGAUGGCAUGUGUACAGGUUGCUGACUGCAUCGUGGGACAAGAGUGUAGCUCUCUGGGACAUGAGUGGGUCUGCAACCAACAAAAUAUGGUGUGACAGUGAGUCCUCUCUGCUCCUGUCCUGUGAUUUCAACCUGAGCCACCAGUUGGUGGUGGCUGCAGCUGACAGUGGGCACUAUCAUGUGUGGGAUGUGAGGUCUGGGGAGAAGGUCACCACUGUCAAAGGUCAUACAAAUACCGUCACAUGUUGCCGAUUUGACUUUGGUGGGAACAAUCUCUGCACAUGUUCCAUGGACUGCAGAGCCGCUGUGUGGGACAUUAGAAUGUGGAAACAUCUACUGAAACUAAGAGAUCACAAGCACACUGUCAGCUGCUGUGCCUUCUCCCACAACAACCACUGGCUAUUGACUGGUUCAUGGGACACGAACCUUCACCUCUACAACUUGGCAGAUGGCUCUUUCAGGUCACAGGGACCUGUGGUGUUGGGGCAGCACCGUGGCUGUGUCAGCAGCUGCAACUUUUCCAAGGACGAUUCGCUGAUUGUGUCUGCUGGCUAUGACUCCAAUGUGAAUGUUUGGUGCAAUCACACACAUCAGCUCAGAAAUACAUAUAAAGGUCACACUAGCUGGAUAAAGGAUGCCAAAUUUGGGAAGGAUAAAAAGUGGAUAGUGACGGGAGAUAAGAAUGGCGAAGUCAGGUUAUGGGACACUCAAGCUGGAAAUGAAAGUGAACGGAAGGGACAUCACAUGCUAGCAGGGUCAAAAACAGCAAGUGCUGCCAGUGUGGAGAAAUGUUUGCACAAAUUACCAUUUCAAGACCGCACAUCUGAAACUGAACAGUGGGCUGUGUUUAUUGUGUCAAUGUAGAGCAUAUGUAGACUUUGAUGUACAGCAAUGAGAAUUCGACACAAAAAGUGAAAAAAUAAAUGAGUGGUUGCAAUACUAGUGAUCCAUGUGUAUUCUUAUACUUCUGGAAAGAACUGUUUCACUUGUCCCCGAAAAGCUAAUGUCUUGCGAUCUCUUGCAUUUGCACUGCCUAACAAAGUAGAUGAGGAAGAUGCCGGGUGUAGUAGAGGGAAAUCAGAAAAGCGGCAAUCAACUUUGAGACAAUGUCAAACUGUUCGAAAGUUCCCCGCGGGCAUUCUUCCGUGCCCGAUGCCUCGCAGGUGAAGUAUUCAAUCAGUGUGUUGCGGUAGUCUUGGGCCUCUAUCAGCGUGGCUACAGUCACUCCAAUGGCAUCCGUCCAAACGAUAAUGUAGCAGAGAAGUAGGAGAAGUAUCUUGACCUCCACCUGUCUCUUGGCUGAACCUUGCCGCCUUGAUGUCCUACAUUCCUCUGAAAAGAACUUCCAAAGGAUGAGAAUGAGGAGGUAAAGUCCAACGGCCACUGCAGAUAUAAGUGGCAGGACGUGGGAAUAGAAAGCUGCCUGGGAGUUUCUCGCCACACACAUGGGCUGAAUGAGGGUAUAGAGCACGUAUCCGUCCAAUUUGAGGCAUAUAAUGACUGGUACAAUGGGGAGGACGAGUGCCGUGAGGACCAUCACAAGAUGGAUGUACUUGAGGCAGCCCGAUUGCCGCCAGUAGUGGUACUUGAAGGGCCAGAAUACGGCACAGAAGAUCAUGGAGAGGUGGAAUAUCCACCAAAGAGCUACCUGGGAGCUGAUGUAGAUCCAUGCUGCAGCUGAGAGAGGGAGUAAAAUGUGGGAGCA